AUGUCUUCCUCUUCUCGUGUUUCUUCCUCUCUAUCUUCCAUGUCUUCCCGUGUUUCCUCUUCCAUCGGUACCAACAGUGCUUUGGUCACCAACGGUGCCGUCGCUGCUUCCUCCGUCGCUGCUUCCGCUAACUCUACUUCCUCCCACAAGUCCUCCAAGACCAAGAACGGUGCUGUUAGCAUGAUCGCUUCCCCAGUCUCUUGGAAGUACGGUGUCGCCAUCGGUGCUUUCUUGGCCGGUUCUUUCGUUCUAGGUGCUGGUAUCUAA